GUGGUCACGUGCGACCCUUGCACGUCACCUGACGCUCUUGACAGCCCGUUGCGGGCGCCGCGUCAGCUGAUCUUGUAGUUACGUUGUGUGCCGGCCGGUCGGGGCUCUCUGGUCCCGGCGACCCCGCCGCAGCCAUGUCGUUCUUCCCGGAGCUUUACUUCAACGUGGAUAAUGGCUACUUGGAAGGACUGGUGCGCGGCCUGAAGGCCGGGGUGCUCAGCCAGGCGGACUACCUCAACCUAGUGCAGUGCGAGACGCUCGAGGACUUGAAGCUGCACCUGCAGAGCACAGACUAUGGCAACUUCUUGGCCAAUGAGGCAUCACCUCUGACAGUGUCAGUCAUUGAUGACCGGCUCAAGGAGAAGAUGGUUGUGGAGUUCCGCCAUAUGAGGAACCAUGCCUAUGAGCCACUUGCCAGCUUCCUGGACUUCAUUACUUACAGUUACAUGAUUGACAAUGUGAUCCUGCUCAUCACGGGUACACUGCACCAGCGCUCCAUCGCUGAGCUUGUGCCCAAGUGCCACCCACUAGGCAGCUUUGAGCAGAUGGAGGCCGUGAACAUCGCACAGACCCCUGCUGAGCUCUACAAUGCCAUUCUGGUGGACACUCCCCUGGCGGCUUUUUUCCAGGACUGCAUCUCAGAGCAGGAUCUUGAUGAGAUGAACAUCGAGAUCAUCCGCAAUACACUCUACAAGGCCUACUUGGAGUCCUUUUACAAGUUCUGCACCCUACUGGGCGGGACCACAGCUGAUGCCAUGUGCCCCAUUCUGGAGUUUGAAGCAGACCGCCGCGCCUUCAUCAUCACCAUCAAUUCUUUCGGGACAGAGCUAUCCAAGGAGGACCGUGCCAAGCUCUUCCCGCACUGCGGGCGCCUCUACCCUGAGGGUCUGGCUCAGCUGGCUAGGGCUGACGACUAUGAGCAGGUCAAGAACGUGGCCGAUUACUAUCCAGAAUACAAGCUGCUUUUCGAGGGUGCAGGCAGCAACCCUGGAGACAAGACCCUGGAGGACCGAUUCUUCGAGCAUGAGGUGAAACUGAACAAGUUGGCCUUCCUGAACCAGUUCCACUUUGGUGUCUUCUAUGCCUUUGUGAAGCUCAAGGAGCAGGAGUGUCGCAACAUUGUAUGGAUUGCUGAGUGUAUUGCCCAGCGCCACCGCGCCAAGAUUGACAAUUACAUCCCCAUCUUCUAGCAUCCUGACCUAAGGCUUCUAAGUGCACUGUGUAUGUCUGUGUGUGCUGUGACAAAGCCCAUGGCUCACCUGCCUGCCCUGGGGGCGGGUAGCACAUUGUCCUAGGAGCUGCCCAGCUUUCUUGACUCCCUCUGGGACUGUUUUCAGGCCUGAAAAGGGCUGGACAUCUCUUCCCUAACCAUGGAUGGACCAAGACCCCCUCUAGAGCAUUGAGGUUCCCUCAGCCCUAUGUUUACAGCUACUGACAUGUCUGAGAAGCAUGUAGUCACUUUCAUGUCCCUUCGUAACCUGAGAACCUAUGGGGGCAGUGUGAGCCUCCUCUCCCCUCUGAGGGUCACUCCCAGAGUCAUGGCCAUGGGGAGGAUAGAGUGUGUGUGCGUGUGUGGGUGUACGUGUGUGUGUGUGUGUGUGUGUGUGUAUGUCCCUGGGGCAUGGGGGAAGUAGCUCUGCCCCUCUGAGACAAUAAAACUGUCCUCUCUAAGUCCAUUGUCUGC